AUGGACAAGCAAGGACAAGUCAGAAUGAGUGAGGACAAGUUAGAACAGGCUAGAACGAGCGAGGAUGAGUCAGAAUGGGCAAGGACGAGCGAGGACGAAACAAACAAGGACAAGUCAGAAUGGGCCAGAAUGAGCGAGGGCGAGUCAAACGGGCCAGAACGAGCGAGGACGAGUAAGAAUGGGCCAGAACAAGUAAGAAUGAACAAGGAUGAAUCAGAACAGGUCAGAACGAGUGAGGGCGAGUCCAAACGGGCCAGAACGAGCAAGGAUGAAUCAGAACAAGCAAGGACAAGUCAGAACGAGUCAGAACGGGCGAGAACAAGUCAGAAUGAGUGAGGGCGAGUGAGAACAAGUGAAAACGACAUUCUGAGAGCAGAACAUGGCCAUGGCACCAUCAGCGUUGAGUAAGUAGGUCGAAAAAGAUAUCACGCACAUCCUGACAGUGUGCGGGAAGGUUGUAAUUACUACUAAUUAGUGAAAAUGAAUGAAAAAUAAAGAAAAAAAAUCUGCGAGAGGGUGUGAGAGGGUGCAGGCAGAGGAUAUCGACAGUGAGUGGCGGCUGGUGAGUCGUUGCAUGUUGAUGCCGUCGUCUAUAAUAGUUGCAUGAUGAGGGUCGAGUUUGAGAGUAUAGAGUACUAGCAAAAGUUUGAUUAAAGUAGUACAUGUAAUGCGGGACUUAAC